AUGCAUUUCAAUUUAUCGUUGACGGAAGUGAGUGAAGAACGAAUGGAACUACCGGAUUCAUUAAUAGAAGAAGCGAUUAAGGAACAAUUAGUGUCCUUGAAUGUAGCGAUCCAUGGAGCGAAUGCUGAACAAAAUUUACAGAACGCUGUUUCUCCAAAAAAAAUAUGGAUGAAAAGACAUAUAGUGGAUCAGACGAAUGAAAACCUGCGUGGUUGUUCGGAAUGCAACAAAACCACCUCUCAAUCAUCCGAUUUGCAAAAAAAUUUGGUAAAUCGUACCGGCGAAAAGCCGCAAACUCAUAUGGUGGCCCAUAUCGUUAAAGAGACAGAGUCACCGAAUAUACUAGUGCAGAGGCCGAAUGCUGAACAAGAAGGACAUCCUGCAUCUCAAGCCGGUAAAAAGUCGCACGAUUGUUUCAAAUGCCAUCAUUGUUCUUAUGCAAAUAAAAUCAUUUAUCAGUUUGCAUUUAAUAAUUGGGCCCUUUAUCAUAUAUAA